GUGACGUCAUUUGUUCCCCGUUGGCCUCGACGUGGCACCAAGAGGAGAGAGGAUCAGGGUCUAUGUUACUGCUGUUUCCCGGCUCAUCUCAGGCUGAUAACCGGCUGAUAACCGGCUACUCUUCCCGGCUGCUGCUCCAGACUGCCCGGCUCCUCUUUCUCCUCUUCAGUCUCUAACCACCCGCCGCUCAACGAGACUCUAAAUAUGGGUCUGACCAUCUCCUCUCUGUUCUCCCGGUUGUUCGGGAAGAAGCAGAUGCGGAUCCUGAUGGUGGGGUUGGACGCAGCAGGUAAAACUACGAUCCUGUACAAACUGAAGCUGGGAGAGAUCGUCACCACCAUCCCAACCAUUGGCUUUAACGUGGAGACGGUGGAGUAUAAGAACAUCUGCUUCACGGUCUGGGACGUGGGGGGGCAGGACAAGAUCCGACCGCUGUGGAGACACUACUUCCAGAAUACACAGGGUCUGAUCUUCGUGGUGGACAGUAACGACAGAGAGAGAGUCGCUGAGUCAGCGGAGGAGCUCUCCAAGAUGAUCCAGGAGGACGAGCUGAAGGACGCCGUGCUGCUCGUCUUCGCAAACAAACAGGAUCUUCCCAACGCCAUGGCGGUCAGUGAACUCACCGACAAGCUGGGGCUGCACAGCCUGAGGAGCAAGACUUGGCACGUUCAGGCGACCUGCGCAACACAGGGAACCGGGCUGUACGAGGGUCUGGACUGGCUGUCCAUCGAGCUGUCUAAACGCUGAGGAAGAUCAGGAGGAGGAAGAGGAGAUGAGGAGAUGAGAUGAAGAGGAGGAGGAGGAGGAGGAAUUCACUGAACUGUUUUUGUUUUUUUAAAUUAUACGUGUCGUCUGUGGGAGGAAGUGAUGUCAUGGACUCUGACCUCGUCCUCUUCUGUUUUUAUUUUAAUCUGCAUGUUUUAAAAUCAUGUGACAGGAAGGGGCGGGGCUUAUACACCUGUGAGGGGCGGGGUUCAACACACACACCUGUGAGGGGGCGGGGCUAACCUGAAGUCAUUCCAUUAUGAUGUGAAGAAGAGAAGUGAUGAAGAUGAUGCAAUAAAGGCUUUCUCUUUCUUCAUCCUUUGUGAUUUUUAGAGAAAAAGCAACCAGGUAAAUGUUUAUCAUUUAAUAUCAAAUAAUAAUCAAAAAUAAACACGUUUAUUUUA